AUGAAGACCGUCGUGGUUGGAGCCGGCCCUGUCGGUGCCCUCGCCGCGCUUUACGCUGCUGUCCGAGGACACGAUGUGGAAAUCUACGAACUAAGACCAGACAUUCGAGAUCCCUCGACAGAACCAAAUAACACAAAAUCCAUCAAUUUGGCUCUCUCUGAGCGCGGCAUCUACUCUCUGCGGCAAACUGGACUGUCAGAUCUUGCAGAUGCGGUGCUCGCGAACACCGUGCCCAUGCAUGGUCGCAUGAUUCAUGUCAGAAAGCAUGGAGAGUACGUGCGUGAGGCACAGCAGUACGACGCACAUGGUCGCGAUCUCCUGGCUAUGGACCGGACAGUGCUGAACAGAGCCCUGAUCGACCAUCUCGAUGGAAUGCCCAAUGUCAAAUUCUUCUUCAAGCACAAGCUGAUUGGUGUGGACUUCAAGAAGAACUCAGCAUGGUUCGAAAACCGCCAGGACAAGAAAGACAUCUUGACCCAAGGCCCUGAAUUCAAACUGACUUUCGACCUGUUGAUCGGCGCCGAUGGGGCGCAUUCAGCUGUACGGAACCACUUGAUGAAAGUUGUCCCCAUGACAUACCAGCAAGAGUACAUCGACAAGCUCUGGUGCCAGUUCGGCGUUCCCACAUCGGCAGAGGGAGACUUCCGCAUACCGCCGAACUAUCUACACAUCUGGCCCGCGGAUGAAUCGAUGUUCAUCGCCAUCCCCAACACAGACAAGACCUUCACCGCGACACUUUUCAUGUCCAAAGAAGGUUUCGAGGCUUUAGAAGCAUCCGGCAAAGUCGUCGAGUACUUCAGCAAGAACUUCCCCGCCGUGGUCCCCGACCUCAUCACAGAAGAAGAUCUAAAGCAGCAGUUCAUCAACAACGAGCACCUCCCCCUCAUCUCAAUAAAAUGCACACCAUACCACCACGAAGACGACGGCGUUAUUGUUGGCGACGCCGCGCAUGCCAUGGUUCCCUUCUACGGUCAAGGAAUGAACGCCGGACUAGAGGAUGUCCGCGUGCUGUUCGAGUUCCUGGACAAGUACCCCAACGACCGCGCCAAAGCCCUGAGCGAAUACACAAAACAGCGUACCCCCGAUGCGCAGACUAUCAACGAUCUUGCGCUUGGCAAUUACCGUGAGAUGGCGUCUGAUGUCAGGAAGCCACUGUAUCUGCUGCGGAAAUGGGUCGAGGAGACGCUUUACGUGCACCUCCCAAGCCUUGGGUGGGCGACACAGUAUUCGAGGGUCACCUUCAGUAAUAUGAGGUACUCUCAGGUUUACCAGGCGAGUCAGCGGCAGGCGAGGAUCCUGAAUGGCGUUGUGGGACUAGGUCUCGCUGCAGUUGCUGGAUCCGCGCUCGUGUUUGCGGGGAAUGGUGGCGCGAAGAGAAUGGAGAAGGGUAUACUUCGUGGGAUAUGUCUGGCUGCUCAGGGUCUGCAGCGGGUCAUCCAGGGAUGA